GGAAUAAUCAUACUUUCUAUUCUACUUUAUUAAAAAAUUGUAAAUGUAUUAGAAUUUCCGAUAAUACAAGAAAGAAAUACAAACGAAUAAUACAUGAAAUAACGUAUGAUGAGUCAAUAUGUGAAUGACACAUGAUGCACACAGAUGCGCAUUAUGUGUUAUAAGAGCUCGUCGAACGGUUUGGAACGCGGAGUUCUCUGUCCGAAAAUAAUAUUUUAAUACUUAACUAGUUAAAAGUUGUGGCAGUUUGACAUAUGAUUUGAUUGAAAAUGGUUCAUGUAGCAGCAAGUGGGCACAAUGCCCCUAAACAAUCAGAGUAUAAUACAGUGGUUAAAGAUUACUCAAACAAUAUUGUGACAGAAAUUGAUAAUUGUGUAGUUAUGAUGUCAAACAAAGGAUCUUACAAACCAUUAAGAAGAAAUCACGAAAGAGAAGAAGCAAAUGAUCUUGAGAAUAAUAAUAAUGAGACUGAUAAUAAUGCGAAUAGUAUAAGAAUAAAACGAAUAAUGAUAAUAUUAUGUUUUGUGUGUAUCAUGGCUUUAUUUCUAUAUCAUCUCAGUUUCCUAAUUUUAUCUAUGAUUACAAAUUUGGUGCUCACCACCAUGAAUGACUACAGCAUAAACAUACAGUUUACAAUUUUUAUACCUAACAAUGCUACAAAGACAAAAUACCAGCAUAUAUUAGUGGAUACUUUUGAUACAAACAUUGAACAACAAAAGUAUGAUUAUAAAAUAAUGAAAGAAAAUCUAUUUGAACAAAACACUUUUAAUAAUAUUCAACAAUGCACCAAUGUUCCUGAAAUAUUACGCUUUGAUUGUCAUCCAGAGGACGGAGCAUCGCAGCUUUCCUGUACAAACAGGGGAUGUUGUUGGAAUCCUCUUAAUAAAAACAAAAUUGCAGGACAUGUGCCACUAGCUAUUCCCUAUUGUUAUUAUCCUGAGGAAUGGAAUUUGUAUAAGUAUAUUAACCAGAGUAAAGAUGAUAGUAAUUUCUUAGGCUUUCUCAAGCAAGAGAAAAAAUCUAUAUAUAAAAACGAUGUGCCUCUUGUAAAGAUAGAGGCUACAAGCAUAGACAGUUCAGUCCUGCGUGUAAAGAUAUAUGAUCCCUUGAAAAAGCGAUAUGAACCACCAUGGCCAAUUAGAUCAGACCCAAAGCCAUUUUUAUCCAAAAUUACCAACACAACAUAUCAAUUUAAAAGCGAUAAUGUAAAAUCUGGUUUUAAAGUUGAUAGAGUCAGUGACGGCACAACAUUAUUUAAUUCCAUUGGGAUUGGAGGUUUCAUAUUUGCUGACCAAUUUCUGCAAAUAACCACAUUGCUACCAACAAGCAAUAUUUAUGGUAUUGGCGAGCACAGAUCAAGCUUAAAAUUAAAUACUAAUUGGCAAUCAUUUACUUUAUUCAACAAAGAUCAACCACCGACAGAAAAUGCAAAUUUGUACGGAUCUCAUCCAUUUUAUAUUGUUGUUGAGGAUUCUGGAAUGGCUCAUGGAGUUUUAUUUUUAAACAGUAAUGCUAUGGAUGUGAUAUUGCAGCCUACACCGGCUAUAACGUUUAGGGCGAUUGGUGGCAUUUUUGAUAUCUACUUUUUCUUGGGGCCAACUCCAGCUGAUGUUGUGAAACAAUAUUCUGAGAUCGUGGGCAAACCAUUCAUGCCACCUUAUUGGUCUCUUGGUUUCCACUUAUGCAGAUUUGGAUAUGGAACCUUGGAAAAAACUAAAGCAGUAUGGAAUAGAACGAGAGCAGCUGGAAUUCCAUUUGAUACCCAAUGGAAUGAUUUGGAUUAUAUGGACAAAAACAAUGACUUUACAUAUAAUAAAGAGAAAUUCAAAGAUUUGCCCAAAUUUAUAGAAGAAAUUCAUUCGGUAGGAAUGCAUUACAUCCCUUUAAUAGAUGCCGGUAUAUCCGCUUCCGAAGAAAAUGGUUCUUAUUUACCUUACGAUGAAGGAAUAAAACAGGAUAUAUUCGUAAAAGACGAUAUAACGUAUAAACCUUUCGUUGGCAAAGUCUGGAAUUUUGUUUCCACGGUAUGGCCCGAUUUUACUAAUCCUAAAACAAUGGAGUACUAUGCAAAUAUGAUGGGCAACAUGCACGAUAGUUUUGCGUACGACGGCGCAUGGAUCGAUAUGAAUGAACCAUCUAACUUCUAUAAUGGUUAUAAAAAUGGCUGUAUGUAUAAUCAUCUGGAUUAUCCCGAAUAUUUACCCAAUGUGGUCGGCGGUUUGCUCGCUACAAAGACUUUGUGCAUGAGUGCAAAACAUUAUUUGGGAUCUCAUUAUGAUCUUCACAAUACUUAUGGAACGAGUCAAGCAAUUGCAACAAAUUAUGCCCUCAGGAAAAUCAGACAGAAGAGACCAUUUAUAAUAUCACGUUCGACAUGGGUAGGGCAUGGUCAUUACGCAGGCCAUUGGACGGGUGAUGUUUAUUCAUCAUGGCAUGACUUAAGAAUGAGCAUUCCAGCCAUUUUGUCACUCAAUUUCUAUCAAAUCCCAAUGGUGGGCGCUGACAUUUGCGGUUUUGAUGGAAACACAACUACAGCGUUGUGCAAUCGCUGGAUGCAACUUGGUGCUUUCUAUCCAUUUUCUCGAAAUCAUAAUUCCGAUGAAACAAUUGAGCAGGAUCCAGUUGCUAUGGGCGAUUUGGUUGUACAAUCGACAAAGAAUGCUCUCAAAAUACGUUAUCGACUUUUACCAUAUUUGUAUACUUUAUUCUUUAGAGCACAUAAGUUCGGCGAAACAGUGGCACGUCCGUUAUUUAUUGAGUUCACCGAUGAUCGACAGACUUACGGCAUUGAUACACAAUUUCUUUGGGGAAGUGCGCUUAUGAUCAAUCCAGUUCUUGAAGAAAAUAAAACUAAUAUAGCUGUUUAUAUACCACGUGGCCUAUGGUAUGAUUAUUAUAGUCUUCAUUUCUUCUUUUCCAUUGGAAAACAUUAUACACUACCUGCUCCAAUCGAUAAAAUACCAUUAUUGAUUCGUGGAGGCUCGAUACUUCCAGCACAGAAACCGAGUGCAACGACUACAGAGAGCAGAAAAAAUUAUUUUGAAUUGAUAGUAGCAUUAAACGAAGCUGGCAAUGCUGAAGGAGAACUGUAUUGGGAUGAUGGUGAUAGUAUAGAUUCCAUAAAAAAGAAGGAAUAUUUGUGGUUAUCUUUCACUGCAAAUAAAUCCAACUUAGUGAACACAAAAGUGGAUGGCUCUUUUAAUGAAGAAGUGAUUCUUGGAAAAGUCCAGAUUUUGGGAUUACAGAAACAAGUGUCCAGAGUGUUCCUAAAUAAGAAUGAGAUAGGAUUUAAAUACGAUAUUUUCACAUCGAGUUUAAGUAUCACUGGCUUACAAGUGGACAUGAGACAAUUGUUUAUAUUUUAUUGGUCAUAUGAAGCUCAAGAAAGCAAUGCCGAAUGAUACUAUUGAUUUCAUAUAAAUUUUCGAUCACGUAUGUAAAUCUCAUAACUCAUAAUAAUUAAUAUAACAUAUGUGAUAUAUGCUUAAGUAAAAAUAUAUUUACAUUAAUACAUAUAAGUUUGCUAUAUAUUUUUAAACAUAUAUUUUUUAAUAUUAUACGUAUUAGAUAUACUCUUUGAGAUAUAAUAUACAUUUUAUUUCUCACUUGAUAAAGAAAUGUGAAAAUUAAACAGUUGUCGCUGUUUAUGUAAUUGUGGAAUAAUAUUUACAAAAAUCAUAUUGAUUAACUUUAAAGGAGACAAGCGAGUAAAGAAACAUGUUUAUUCAAAUUGUCUUCUCUCAUCGUACAAUAUACAUAUAUAAAUAUGACUAUUGUUUAUGGCACUAAAGAAAAAUAAUGAUAUUCUAAUUUUAUCAAUGUUGAUUAUAAAAGCACGAGAGAAAAGAAACAUAUGAUUGUAAUGAUAAUGUAUUUUCGUGGGAAAAAAAAACGUUGAACAAUAAAAUUCGCAGAAAAACGUA